GUUAUUAAUCAUCAAUCGAUGAAACCAUGAGAUGAGAUGACAUGUAUUUCAUUGAUUGGUGGCUCAAAUGUCAGACAACUCGUACUCACAAUUGGGGACUCAAUUCAGUGAUAAUUCAUUUGUUAACAAAUGAUGGACCAAACAGUUGGCUCAAACCCCGUGUUGUCGACCGGAUCGAGCCGUGCGGCAGUUGUGGUCACCAAUCGAGAGCAAGAGUUACAGAAAUUAUUAGCCGAAGAAAGACUUCGUUCCGAACAAAGGAAAAACAAUUACUCGACUCUUAGAGAGGAACACUUGAAACUGCAGAAGGAUUUUGUCACUCUUCAGGCAGAUAUGAGACAAGUGUUGGCCGAAACCAAACAAAUUAAAGACAAAAAGGAUGACGAAGUCGACCAAAUGAUUAAGGUUUGCGAAGAAAGAGAUAAAAUGAUUGAAACUCUCAAAAGUGAACUCAAAGAAUUGGAUCCACAAGUUAUUAAACAUCAGUUUGAAGAUGAACUCAAAGAACCGUUAAAUAAGUUGCAUAAGAGCUAUGAAACUGUGAUCAGAGAUAAAGAGAGGUUAGGAUAUGAACUGAAGAUUGCAAAACAAAAGAUUGAGUUUUUGGAAAAAGAAAAUCUCGAAACUAUCGAGAGAUUAAAAUUAUCGUUUGAAUCGGAAAUUAAUUUGAUUAAGAAAGAGAAGGAAGAGAUGCGAAACAAACUUUUGGAAGUAAACCAAUUGCCAGAUGUUAUGAGAUUUACGGAUUUAAAUCAUGAAAAUCAAAGAUUGUCAGCAAAAGUCAAAUCAUAUCAGACAACACUCGAAGACGCAGAACAACAAUAUAAACGAAUUGAAACAAAAGUCGAGUCUUUAGUGACAGAACACGAAAACAGCGAAAAAUCGUUCGGAAGACAAAUAUCUGAACUUAAUUCACAGCUCAAGAGUUUAAGUGAUAAUAAUCUUAAAUUACAACAAACUAUAUCUAAUAAUGAAAGAGAAAAAGAAAAUUUGUUGGCAGAGAUCGAUAGAUUAAGACUUGAAACUAAUCGUUUAAAUAAAAUGUUGGACGAAAAGGAUAAAGAUUUUACCACAGAAAAGGAUAGAAUCAAAAAUUUCUAUUUAUUAAGUAUUAAAGAAGUUGAGGAUCAAAAAGAUAUUGUUGUUAAUCAAUUAAAAAAAUUAAAAGCUGAUUUUGAAACUAAAGACGAGUCAAUGAAACGUUUAGAUUUGGAAACUAAAGACAAAGAAAGAGAUUUUGAAUUAAAAAUGACUGAAAUCAGACAACAAGAGUUUGAUAGACGCUGUGCUAUUGAACAGGAAAAAAAUUCAAUGCAUUCAAAGAUUAAAGAUCUAAAGGAAGAGAAGACAAAACUCAAGGAAGAGAUUCAACAAAUGAAACGCCAAAUUGAAAAUAUGUCUGAAUUGCGGUUAAGUGUGGAAAGAGAGUCUAUGAUGUUGAGGGCUAAGAUAGAGUCACAUCAGUUGAAUAUUGAAGAGUUAGAUAAAUUGCGUCGACAGCACAUCCAACUCCACGAUAAUCUCAAUAAACAAAAGAGUGAAAACACAGAAUACUCGGCACUUAAUAAAGACUUGAUUCGACAGAGAGAUCAAUAUAAAAGUGAUUAUCAACGCAUUAAAGACAUAUUAGAUGAAGAACGCAAACAUUUAGAAGAAUUUAAAAUAUUGAGCGAUAAGAAUGUCGUCAAACUUAAGAAUUGUAUUGAAGAAGAGAGAUAUGAUUUUAAAGACAAAUUAUUAGGUCUAGAGAGGGAUGUCAUCAAAAUUAAGAAAGAAAGGGAUGAAUUGAGGACUAAAUAUAGCAAAUAUUUAACAAUUGCUGAGAAAUUACAGUCAAAACUGUUGGAAACGAAAGAAAAGGAAAAACAAAAGACCUUAGAAUCGAGUCAUCGGAAGUCUAGUCAUGGGAUGGCAGGUGUGGUAUCGGCUGACGCUCACAAUCAGCUCAAGAAAGAGCUCAAACUUUUAAAGAAAAAGCAAAAUGAAAUUGCAUUUCAACUGUCGAACUGCUCAUUUGAUUCGCCACAUUGCAGGGACAGGGAUGUCAAAGAUACCCAAACUAACGAUUAA